AUGAACAGGUUCCAGUCUCUCCCGCGAGCGCUGGGACAACCCAAACAUCACCUCGAGCGACGACGCAAACACAGGGACACCCCGCAGCCGAAUCAGCGCCGCAAACCCAAGAAGUUGCGCCAGGUGGGCCAGAAAAGCCGCGGCGUGCUCAUCUGGCUGUACUCCAUCUCGCUGCUGAUCUUCAUUGUGGUGUUUCUGCUCUUGAACGCUCUUGUUCCGCUCGACCUGAUUCUGCGGUCGACGUCGCUGUCAAGUUUGACGUUCAUUGCGCUCGUGGUGGUGAUUGCCUCUGCGCUGUUUCUGUUUAUCUCUGCGGUGAUAUACAUUUUGCGGAUUCUGAUACUGAAACGCUACCUGCAGGACAUUCCCAAGGCGUACGUGCCCAUCACUGAGCGGGACAUUGGCGCGCGCGAGUCCAAGUACAUCUCGCAGGGCAUUGCACGAGCGAAAAAAAUCAAACAGCUCGCCCGCCCAAACGCUACCGUGGACCACCCGGGACUCCACAGCGCCGACCAGAUCAACGACCCAACGCUGCCGGACAACGUCGUGUACGAGGACGUUGUGCGCGCGAUCGGCGAGGACGUCCGCUACAGACACACGCUGCACCUCACGCACUCGUUCCAGGUCCAGGUCGAGCCCAACCAGACACUGCGGGACAUUGUGUACACCACUUUGCGCCGUGCUACGCUGUCGGAAAAGGAGUCGCAUCUCGUGUUCGACUUCCUGGCCCACUACGAGAAACUACGGUUCAGUGGCAAGCCCAUCUCACGCACAGACUUCCUGGUGUUCCUGAGCCUGUGGAAUCAUACCAAAACAGUCCUGAGACGAGAACUGUGA